GUUAACUACAGAGAUAUAUCUCUGGUUAACCAAAAUUUUGCAUGUUUUGUUUAUUCAGAAUUUGAAUUCUUCAAUUUUCCCCGACAAUGAUGAUUUCAAAUAUACUUCGAGUGGUGGCUCGAAGGAAUGAAUUGAGAUAUGGUAUUAUGAAAUGUAAUAUCUCCCAAUCUGCUCCUAGAAAAUAUAAUGAUAGUGGCAAAACUGUAGCCACAAUAUUGAAUACAGAAGCUGAUAUUGGUCUGAUGAUAGAUGCUUAUAGUGAAGUUGGUUUCAGGUUGAAUAAUAACUUCACUAUUCUAGGUCCAAUGCUGAUUUUUCCAAGGUCAGUUUUAUCAUGGAAGGUUGAUGAGGUUUCCGAAAUAACUGAAGAAUCAUUAAGUCUCUUCACAGUCCUUGAACCUAAAAUUGACAUUCUUGUAAUUGGAAUUGGUGAUGAAACUGAUGAGCUACCUAAAUCUUUCAAUAUACUCAAAUUCAUGAGGCAGAAUAAACUAAAUGUAGAAAUAUUACCAACAGCAAAGGCUUGUCCUACUUUCAACUUUUUAAACUACGAGGGACGUUAUGUAGCAGGAGCUUUAAUACCACCAACAAAAGUUGAUGCAACUGAUGAUGAUAUAUUGAGAACUAAAAUGAGAUACCAGACUAUAUACGAGCAAGAAGUUCCUUUAUUCUAGUAAAUUCUAUAAUAAAUUAUUCUGAAUAUGUU